AUGUGCCAAUAUCGUUUUCAAACAGAGACGAAAGGUGUCGUUUAUUUAAAUCCCAAGUACGGGAGCAACUCCGCCCAUCUCUACUCAUCGUUCACUACAGGUUGCAGACACUAUUUCACGACCAUCACGAUGUAA